ACAGAAUUAUUUAACGUACAAGCGUCGCAUCAGACAGAUCGUCUUCAUUCUCAUUGCUCUUCACAGCCAGCUGCUUGUCUACCUUUUUGGCAAAAUUCACAUUCGCAAUUCAAUUGAAUUCGCCAAAGACUCAAGCAACAACAUGUAUGCCAAGUGCUUGACGCUUUUGUUAUUCGGGCUCGUGUGCGGCGCCUGGGGAGAAGCACUGCCGGCGACACAGGAUGCGAAAAGCGGCGACUUGGCCACCUCGGAAACUUCUGCGAAACUGUUCAACUUGGGUAGUUUAUUUGGCCAGGGCACAGGAUACCCGAACUAUGGCUACAACUACCCCAGCUAUGGAUACAACAACUACAACACUGGUUACUACAACAGACCCAGCACUGGAUAUUACCCGAAUACGGGGUAUUAUUAUCCCAACACCAACUACUAUGGCAGCACUGGAGGAUCCUAUUAUCCCAGCACUAGCAGCGGCUAUUAUCCCAGCACUGGCAGCGGCUAUUAUCCGACUACCAACAUUCUGGGUACAGCGGGAUAUGGCGGCUAUGGUGGAUAUGGAGUGCGCACCACAUACGGCUAAGUGAGAGAGGGAGAUAACAGUAAGAAGUACGCUUCAGCAAGCAGCAACAACAAUAGCAUAAGCAACAAUUUCGCCCCCUCAUCCGUUGACUAUCCAAAGCUCAUAAAGUUUACUAUGCACUUUAUUUGCAACGCCAAAAACUUGAUGCACCCGCAUUACCAACUAACAUCUUUAACUGCAACUGGCAUGCAAGCAGCACAGCAGAGCCCUAUCUUCCGCCUCACGCCUCCAUCAUGCAAAAAUUUUUGACACACACAUGUUGUGUCACAAGCUAAGAAGAAGAAGAAGAAGCCAGCUAAGAAGAAACCCAGAAGAAGCCGAAACAACAGUAAUCGAAGUAUGAGCGAGCAAGAGGGCAACGCAUCUUUCAGGGCCAAGUUUUGCGGCUGCUUUUUAUGUUUGCGUCUUAACUUAUAUAGUAAAGU